GUGCUUGCCCCUGCAGGGAGUGCUCAAUGCCCCCUCCCUAUGCCACCCCCCAUGCUGUCCCUGUCCCGCUGGCUGAGAUCUGUGGGGGUCUUCUUGCUGCCAGCCCCGUGCUGGGUGCCCCAGGACAGGUUGCUGGGUCCCCUACGGCGACCCACCCUGGGGCACGGGUGCCCAGUCCUGGGGGCCUGGCACAGUGCCCGCUGCUGGCGGCAAGCGUGGACAGAGGAGCCUCGAGCAUUUUACUCCUCCCUCAGAAUGAAUGGAGACCAGAAAUUGGACGCGUACGCCCAAGAAAGGCAGGAUUUCAUCCAGCACUUCUCCCAGAUUGUCAAGGUGCUGACUGAGGAGGACAUUGGGCACCCAGAGACAGGAGAUGCCAUUACCCGACUCAAGGAGGUCCUGGAGUACAAUGCCAUCGGAGGCAAGUACAAUCGGGGUUUGACGGUGGUGGUAACGUUCCGGGAGCUUGUGGAGCCCGGGAAACAAGAUCCUGACAGUCUCCAGCGGGCCCUGACUGUGGGCUGGUGUGUGGAACUGCUCCAAGCCUUCUUCCUGGUGUCAGAUGACAUUAUGGACUCAUCCCUCACCCGCCGGGGGCAGACUUGCUGGUAUCUGAAGCCAGGCAUAGGUUUGGAUGCCAUCAAUGAUGCUUUCCUUCUGGAAUCAUCCAUCUACCGCCUGUUGAAGCUGUACUGUCGGGAGCAGCCCUAUUACCUGGACCUGAUCGAGCUCUUCCUGCAGAGUUCUUAUCAAACUGAGAUCGGACAGACCUUGGACCUCAUCACAGCCCCCCAGGGCAACGUGGAUCUUGGCAGAUUCACAGAAAAGAGGUAUAAGUCUAUUGUCAAGUACAAGACAGCUUUCUACUCCUUUUACCUUCCUGUAGCUGCAGCCAUGUAUAUGGCGGGCAUUGAUGGGGAGAAGGAGCAUGCCAAUGCCAAGAAGAUCCUGCUGGAGAUGGGAGAGUUCUUUCAGAUUCAGGAUGAUUACCUUGAUCUCUUUGGGGACCCCAGCAUGACGGGUAAGGUCGGCACAGACAUCCAGGACAACAAGUGCAGCUGGCUGGUGGUUCAGUGUCUGCAGCGGGCCUCUCCAGAACAGCGCCAAAUCCUGCAGGAGAACUAUGGGCAGAAGGAGGCUGAGAAGGUGGCCCGAGUGAAGGCGCUCUACGAGGAGAUGAAUCUGUCGGCUGUGUACAUGCAAUACGAGGAAGACAGUUACAGCAACAUUAUGGGUCUCAUCGAGCAGUAUGCUGCGCCCCUGCCCCCAGCCAUCUUCCUGGGGUUAGCACAAAAGAUCUACAAGCGGAAAAAGUGACCUAGAGUCUGUGAAGGUGGGGAAGGGAGGCUUCUCAAUAAAUUAUUGUC